CUCUACUUUCGUUUUUACCAUUGCUUGUCUGUGAUCUCGAAGGCGUCUAUUGACAUUGACACUAUUGUUACAUAUUUUAGAACACAAGUGACAAUAGGUCUCGACUCGAUUUACAUAUCUAUUUUCUGCCACAUCAGACGGAACAUUCAAGCUACCCAAGCUUGCACUCUUUGUAUGAAAAGAUUUGUACUUGCAGGGUUUUAACCAGAAUUUUGAAGUUGAAGAAGGCAUGAUGUCGAAGUUCAAGAUAGCAAUGGUCCAAAUGGCAGUUGGGACUUCAAAACCUGGCAACCUCGCCCGGGCCGCGGCGUUGAUUAAGGAGGCGUCAAGUGCUGGCGCCAAGAUCAUCACGUUGCCGGAGUGCUUCAACUCUCCGUACGGCACCAAAUACUUCCCAGAGUACGCUGAACCCAUCCCAGGACCAUCGUCAGAGGCUAUGGCCGCCGCUGCCAAAGAGAACAAAGUGUUUCUGGUCGCAGGUUCCAUUCCAGAGAAAUGCGGAGACAAAAUUUACAACUCAAGCGCCAUUUUCAACCCCGAAGGAGAGAUGGUGGCCAUGCACAGAAAGGUUCACCUCUUUGACAUCGACAUCCCCGGAAAGAUCCGGAUGCAGGAGUCAGAGAUUCUCUCCCCUGGCAAGCAAAUGACGAUGUUCCGCACGCCCUACUGCCAGGUGGGUGUGGCCAUCUGCUACGACAUCCGCUUCGCCGAGCUGGCCCAGAUCAUGACACAGAAAGACCUUGAGAGAAUGGAGGAGAUUCGUAAUCAGGUCCCGCUCCGCAACCAGAGACGCCACGACCUGUACCGUGUGAGUGAGCCGGCCGAGGAAGACAGACGAGAGGAACUGUAGGAGGAGGGGCAACAUGAGGGAGAGAAAGAGGAGGAAAAAGAAAAGAAGAGGAGGAGAGGAAAGAUAGAGGUA